AUGGCGGAGAGUCUGGUUUUAUUCGAGUCGGUCAUCAACAGUCGCUGGUUCCUCCGCACCUCGAUCAUCCUGUUCAUGAACAAGAUCGAUCUGUUUGCGGCCAAGCUGUCAAAAGUCCCACUGGAAAAGUUCUUUACCGACUAUACAGGCGGACCGGAUAUCAGCAAGGCUGCAAAGUACAUUCUCUGGCGAUUCACCCAAACUAAUCGCGCACGUCUCCACAUAUACCCUCAGUAA